UUCCGUCUGCGCGGGGCGGCGCCGGGCCUCAAGCCGGCGCGGGGCACACUCGGGAACCUGCUCCCUCAGUCGCCUGCCGCGCGGCUUGAUGAGAGGGACCAUGGAACUGGAGCCCGAGCUGCUGCUGCAGGAAGCCCGCGAGAACGUGGAGGCGGCGCAGAGCUACCGGCGAGAGCUUGGCCACCGGCUGCAGGGGCUGCGGGAGGCGCAGAGGCAGAUCAAAGAGAGUGCAUCACAGACAAGGGAUGUCCUCAAACAACAUUUUAGUGAUUUAAAGGGCACCCUUGGGAAACUCCUUGAUGAACGAUUGGUGACCCUUUUGCAAGAGGUGGACACCAUUGAACAGGAGACUAUUAAACCACUAGAUGACUGCCAGAAGCUCAUUGAACAUGGAGUUAACACUGCAGAAGACAUAGUCCGAGAAGGUGAGAUUGCCAUUCUUGGUGGUAUAGAAGAACAGAAUGAGAAACUGUGGAGCUUUACCAAAAAAGCCUCACACAUUCAGUUGGACAGCUUACCAGAAGUGCCUUUACUGGUUGAUGUGCCUUGUUUAUCUGCUCAGUUGGAUGAUUCAAUUCUUAACAUAGUUAAAGAUCACAUUUUUAAGCAUGGAACAGUAGCAUCUCGCCCACCAGUGCAGAUAGAAGAACUAAUAGAGAAACCUGGAGGCAUCAUAGUACGAUGGUGUAAGGUGGAUGACGACUUCACAGCCCAAGAUUACAGGCUUCAGUUCCGUAAAUGCUCUUCAAAUCAUUUUGAAGAUGUAUAUGUAGGUUCUGAAACUGAAUUCAUAGUAUUGCAUAUAGACCCCAAUGUUGACUAUCAGUUCCGAGUCUGUGCCCGAGGAGAUGGCCGACAGGAGUGGAGUCCAUGGAGUGUCCCCCAAAUAGGUCAUUCUACUUUGGUGCCUCAUGAGUGGACAACUGGCUUUGAGGGAUACAGUCUGAGCAGUCGAAGAAAUAUAGCACUCCGGAAUGAUUCUGAAUCCUCAGGUGUUCUCUACUCCAGCGCUCCAACCUACAUCUGUGGGCAGACAUUAACAUUCAGAGUUGAAACUGUGGGACAGCCUGACAGAAGAGAUAGUAUAGGAGUAUGUGCAGAGAAGCAGAAUGGAUAUGACUCUCUGCAGCGAGAUCAAGCUGUAUGCAUUAGUACCAAUGGUGCAGUUUUUGUAAAUGGAAAAGAAAUGACUAAUCAGUUGCCUGCAGUUACCUCUGGAUCCACUGUCACAUUUGACAUCGAAGCUGUGACUCUAGGAACUACCAAUAAUAAUAAUGAAGGUGGAAACUUCAAGCUCCGAGUAACUAUUAGCUCAAAUAACAGAGAAGUAGUUUUUGAUUGGUUACUUGAUCAGUCUUGUGGUUCUCUUUACUUUGGAUGCUCAUUUUUUUAUCCUGGAUGGAAAGUAUUAGUGUUUUAGAGUUUUGGAUGCACAGCUUUGGUUUAUUGUAUCUGUCCUCAGCCCAGUUUAGUUGUUAACUGUUGUUGUUGUUGUUGUUUUAAAGUUAGAUUAAUCUUUCAGGACUUUGGAAAUAAAAAGUGUCUACUGGAUUCACUUUGCAAUAUUUUAGCAAUAAGAGUUGAAUGGUGUCAUCAAAACCAUAAUCCAGUCAAUUUUGUUUUUAGCAUACUAUUAGUAAAAAAUAACGAAUUACAAAUACAAUUAAAUUAGCUUUAAAUGUCUGGAAAGAUAACAAAAAAUCCUGUACCCUUCCACUGUACUUCUUAAAGUUGGUUAAUGUAACAUUUUAUUAAACCUCUUUCAUCAUCCAAGACCAUGUAAAACUUUAGAAUAGAACAACAGGAGUAGACCAGAUAGAAGCCAGAGUCCUAUAAUAUUCAUUCACUUGUUUUCUCCAUGAGUGCAUUGACUGUGUGCUGUAUGUUCAGGAAUUUGGAAGCAGUGUUAACUUUUAUCCCAUUUUCUAUAAUCUUUCUUUUGGUGGUACUGGGGAUUGAACCCAGGGACUUGUGCAUGCUAGGCAUGCACUCUAUCAACUGAACUAUGUCCCCAGUCCUUCAAUAAUCCUAAGUCUAAAAAGCUUUAUGAUUUUUGCCUUUUUUUUUUUUUUUUAACAAUGCCUGUAAGUGUCUGCAAUAGGUAAGUAUUGUUUUUUGUUCUUUCCUUGCAGUUUGAUUCAAGAUAGGGUAAAAGAUGCAGGAUGUAAUGGUUCAUGCCUAUAAUUCUAGCAAAUCUAGAGGCUGAGGCAGAAGGAUCACAAGUUUGAGGUCAGCCUCAGUAACUUAGUGAGACCCUAUUUCAAAAUAAAAUGGGCUGGGGAUGUGGCUCAGUUGUAGAGUGCCCUGGGUUCAAUCCCUAGUACUGUUAAAAAAAAAAAAAAAAAAAAAAUACUAAGAGAAUUUGUACAGGGUGAAACUACUUAUGGAAGUA